GUACGUGUGUGAUUUCGGGAGCAAUUGGACACUAAUGGGCACGGAAUUCUCUGUACUGCGAUCGCAGUGAUACUAAGAGCAUACGUUCAUGGGUGCACGCGAAUCCACCGGACGCAACACGGAAUCCGAAGAUGCGGUCCCUGACUACUACGAGUUGCUGGGUGUCGAAGAAUCGGCAAACGGAGACGAGAUCAAGAAAGCCUUUCGAAGAUUGGCCCUUGUUCAUCAUCCUGACAAGAAUAAAGAUGAUGUUGAAGGUGCUACCAAAAGAUUCGCCGCUAUUCAGCAAGCAUAUGAGGUGUUGAGUGAUGACCAGGAAAGAGCCUGGUAUGACUUUCACAAAGCAUCUCUGGCACCAGAACCUGAUGCAGAGGCUGUCUUCGAGGACAUCCGAAAAGGCGCCCCACCUCCCCGUGCCCGCGACCGGGGGCUGACUGUCAGACAUCUCGCUCGAUUUUUUGAUGCGACAGUCUGGUCAGGCUUUGACGACAGCGAGAAUAGCUUCUUCACAAUCUAUCGCAAUCUCUUUACACGCUUGGCACAGGAGGAGAACCUCAUCUCCCAGAUCGAGUAUCCCAGCUUUGGAGACGCCUCCUGGCCUUGGUCCACACCCAAAUCCACAAAUACGCCCGCCGCACGCAAUUUCUAUAAUGCAUGGCUUAACUUCGCGACUCUCAAGGAUUUUGUAUGGACGGAACAGUGGAAUCUUGCAGAGGCACCCGAUCGCCGAGUGCGACGGCUCAUGGAGAGAGACAACAAAAAGGCCAAGGAUGAGGCGCGAAAGGACUAUAAUGAGACUAUCAGAGUGAUUGCUUACAGCUACAUCUUACUCAAACAUUUUCUAAAUUUCGGUGCGCAGCAACUGGCUACUUUUAUUCGCAAGCGCGACCCGCGAUACAAGAUUCAUCUCGCUGCACAAUCUCAAGCCAACAAAGUCUUAUCCGAAGCUAAAGCCCCCACAUCUGGGUCCUCCACUCCACGCCCCCAGCCUGCCAAGCCUUAUGUAGAGCAAGCUUGGCAAAGAACAGGCGGUAUGGAUCAUGAUGCUGAUGCUGACCUCGAAUGGGCGGCAGGUGAAGGUAACGCAGAGGAAUGGGAGUGUGUUGCAUGCGGGAAGACGUUUCGCAGCGAAGCUGCAUGGGACAGCCACGAGCGUAGCAAGAAGCACAUGCGUGAGAUCGAGAGACUGAAGAGAGAGAUGUGGCAAGAGGAAGAAGCACUCCAGCAUGGGCUGGAGGAGGGAGAAAGCGACGAGAUCCAGGAGGUGGAUGGAGGCUUCGAUAGCAAGUUCGUUCCUCCACCCCCACCAACGCCUCCAGAGCCGGUACUCGAAAAUGUAGACGAAGAUGAAGUUGGUUCACCCACAGAGGAACUCCCGGCUGAGGAUGACCAACUAGUACGCAAAAAAGAAAAAAAGAAAAAAUGCAAGCCCCAAACAAGACCAUCAAGCGAUGCGCCAGCAUCCUCCCCCCCACCAAAAAGUAAGGAUGAUUCUCAGGAAGUGAUGUCUUCCCAGCCUGAGCUUUCAAAACGGGAAAAACGAAAGCUUCGAGAGGCGAAGAAAGCCACCAAUGUUGUCGAGGCAGAACACAGUAUGGUUUGCAACGUGUGCAAAUCACCCUUUGAGAGCCGUACAAAGCUAUUUACACACAUCCGCGAAACAGGACACGCGCUUGCUGAAUCCGCCGAAGAGCCGGCGCGAGGGAAGAAAGGGCGCAAGGGGCGAUAGUGGUCGGGUUGACGAUGAAGAUCGCCAUCGUAUACCAGAUAGAAAAUGGGUCACCGGAACGCAUAGCAUCUUGACACCCUAGAAC